AUGGCUUCUGAAAUGCCAGCGAAGCCGAAAGGCACGAAGAAACCUGGUGCGAAGACAUCCAGCACGAAGAAAUCCAGCACAAAGACGCCCAAGUCCAGUACCACACCCGCGUCUCCUGAUUCCUCUGCCAAAACAAUCAAAGUCUUGGAGUUUGCAGUCGACCUCCCUAAACUGGAGGCCCUUUCUUUCCUCGAAGCCAGCACCACUCGAGGCACCGCCGAAUAUCUAGCCACGAAGCUCACUGGUCGGGGCUGCAGCUGUCCACAUUUCCCCAAGUACAGAAUUGAAGACGAGAAAUCGCCAUUCCCAAGCCGACUUGGAUUCUUUCACCGAACCGAUUCGAACUUCAGCUAUCUGGAUACCAAAAAGCUGUGUCUAAACUGUUGUACGGAUGUUGUGCCGGACGGGUACAAUGUGUGGUCUUGGUUCACGCAAAAAUCCACACCCAAGGUUGCUGGGCCCCCUACUAAGUCCCAGAGUGAACCGCUGGCCAGACGAUGGCUCGAUAUAAGCCCCUCUACUAUUCUAUAUCCACGUGCUUUCCAGGCGGGAACUGAGGCGUUCACGGGUGGGAAUGAAAGAAAACGCUCCAGAUUCGCCCGGGACACGGCCCCCGUAAUCGCAAAGAGCAUGGCAGCCGAUCCGGCCACGGUGCCGAUACCUCUCGUUGAAGAAGCACAAGAAUCAUGGCAGUGGCUGGCAUCCCAGGGGAAGCCUUUCUACAUCGACCAGCUACAUGCCAUUGAAGGUUGGAGCCCUCUCGCUGAACAGCGCGCGGCGGCAGAUGCAGCAAUCGCAGCGAAGCAUGGCACAACCUUUGAUGGAGCAACUCUGCUGAGAGCGAAGCCGCCGACACAAGAGGUGAAAUCUGGAGAGGUGAAGAAACUCAAAGUGAAGAAGACUGGCCUGGCAGACGUUGCCCUCCGUGUCAGUGUCGGUGCCGCUACGAUGGCUGCAACGGGCGACCUUGCCGCUGCAAAAGAGCCUGCAGAGCCUGCAUUUUCACAGACGACGUCGAAGUCGACGAAAACCCCCGUCGAAGCCCAAAGAAGCCCAGGAGCUCUUGGUAAAGGAACAUCUCCAACGGCCGUCUUCGAACUCGAUGGUGCUUCUGCAGCUUCCGUGGCAAUGCCCUCCCGUGGAUACGCAGGUGCUCGCGCUCGACCUGCUCCAAUUCCGCUUGGCAGUCCUGUCGAGACACCAGCCUGGGCUGAAUAUGCGCCGCCUGUUCAGAAUCGAGGGCCACAGCCUUCAUCUCCAUCCCCGCUGCUGCUGUUUCUCAACCGGCAAAAUCUCCUCCCUGCUGAGCCCGCAGCUCCGGGUGCCGGUAUACUUCUGGAUCGGAGUCUGACCAUGGCUACUCUUUCGGAACUACCAUCGGGUGAAGUGCAGAAAAAGACUCCGAAGCAGAAAGCAAAGUCUGUUAGUACAUCCAAACCUUCGGACCUACCACCGAGCUCAAAGCAACAGGCCACUAAAACCAAAAAACCCACCCAGAACAUUCAAGAGAGUAGUCGCGGGGUUGAAGCCGCUGGAGCGCAAAUAGGCGGGUCACUGGUACCCAAAAAGGCGAUAAAAAAAGCGAAAGCAAAAGUGAUUUCAGGACACAGUCAGGGUGUCGAGGCGAAAACGCCCAAGACGGCAAAACCGAAAGCCAGAGGAGCACCAACUCAGGUUGGUGAUAGGCAAUCAGGCACUCCCAAGGCAAAUAAACCCCAUGGCUCCAAUCAAGGUAAUACUCCGGGGGAAACACGCGCCGUGACACCCAAACCUGAAAAGAUCCCCAAGGCCAAAGGCAAGCAACAUGUCGCCGAAUCACGCCAUAAGGAAAAAGAACACCAUGCCCACACAUCACCGCAUCCGCCGGCAUCCCGUAAGGAAAAAGAACAUCAUACCCACACAUCAUCACAUCCACCCGCGUCCCAUGGCACGCCUCGUGGAAUGGCAAGUCCCCACGGCGGAGAGACCGCUAAGCACCACCAAGACGCAUCGACCGAAAAAGGGCUUUCUGGAAAUGAGACCGCACAUCAGAGCGAGGGGAGUGGCAAAAGUGAAUCGAAGCACUCGACCAGUGCCAAAUUAGCUGCUGGUGGUGGUGUAAUUGCGGGAGCGAUUGGUGCCAUGGUAGGAGCCAAACAUGACAAGGAGCACUCUGGUGAGAAUAGUGCUGCGGAUGAGGUCGGGCAUUCAGGGGAAGAUGAUGAGGAGUAUCAGAGCUCUGAGGCCGAGGAGGAUGCUGAGCAGGCUGAGUUAGAUGCUGAGCAGGCGGAAGAGGACGCUGAAGAGGCCGAGGAGGAUGCUGAGGAGGCCGAAGAGGACGCUGAAGAGGCCGAGGGGGAUGCUGAGGAGGCCGAAGAGGACGCUGAAGAGGCCGAGGAGGAUGCUGAGGAGGCCGAGGAGGACGCUGAAGAAGCCGAGGAGGAUGCCGAAGAGACCGAGGAGGACGCCGAAGAGGAAGAGGAUGAAGAAGAGGAAGAACCUGAAGAAGAAGAAGAAGAGCCUGAAGAAGAAGAAGAGCCUGAAGAAGAAGAAGAACCUGAAGAAGAAGAAGAGCCUGAAGAAGAAGAAGAGCCUGAAGAGCCCGAGGAAGCAAGUGAGGAGGAGCCUGAAGAGCCCGAGGAAGCAAGUGAAGAGGAGCCCGAAGAAGGAAGUGAGUAG